AUGGUGCACGCUGUGGAGGUGCACCAAGCAGGGCAGAGUGCACCAAGCAUGCCCCAUGUAGUGCAGAGUUCACCAAGCAUGCCCCAAGCAGUUCAGAGUGCACCAAGCAGUUCAGCGUGCACCAAGCAGUUCAGAGUGCACCAAGCAGUUCAGCGUGCACCAAGCAGUUCAGAGUGCACCAAGCAGUUCAGAGUGCACCAAGCAGUGCAGAGUGCACCAAGCAUGCCCCAAGCAGUUCAGAGUGCACCAAGCAGUUCAGAGUGCCCCAAGCAGUUCAGAGUGCACCAAGCAUGCCCCAAGCAGUUCAGAGUGCCCCAAGCAGUUCAGAGUGCACCAAGCAUGCCCCAAGCAGUUCAGAGUGCACCAAGCAGUUCAGAGUGCCCCAAGCAGUUCAGAGUGCACCAAGCAUGUCCCAAGCAGUUCAGAGUGCACCAAGCAGUUCAGAGUGCACCAAGCAUGCCCCAAGCAGUUCAGAGUGCCCCAAGCAGUUCAGAGUGCACCAAGCAUGCACCUUGUAGUGCAGAGUGCACCAAGCUUGCCCCAAGCAGGGCAGAGUGCACCAAGCAUGCACCAAGCAGGGCAGAGUGCACCAAGCUUGCCCCAAGCAGGGCAGAGUGCACCAAGCUUGCCCCAAGCAGGGCAGAGUGCACCAAGCUUGCCCCAAGCAGGGCAGAGUGCACCAAGCAUGCACCAAGCAGGGCAGAGUGCACCAAGCUUGCCCCAAGCAGUUCAGAGUGCCCCAAGCAGUUCAGAGUGCACCAAGCAUGCCCCAAGCAGUUCAGAGUGCCCCAAGCAGUUCAGAGUGCACCAAGCAUGCACCUUGUAGUGCAGAGUGCACCAAGCUUGCCCCAAGCAGGGCAGAGUGCACCAAGCAUGCACCAAGCAGGGCAGAGUGCACCAAGCUUGCCCCAAGCAGGGCAGAGUGCACCAAGCUUGCCCCAAGCAGGGCAGAGUGCACCAAGCAUGCCCCAAGCAGGGCAGAGUGCACCAAGCAUGCACCAAGCAGUGCAGAGUGCACCAAGCAUGCACCAAGCAGGGCAGAGUGCACCAAGCAUGCCCCAAGCAGGGCAGAGUGCACCAAGCAUGCCCCAAGCAGGGCAGAGUGCACCAAGCAUGCCCCAAGCAGGGCAGAGUGCACCAAGCAUGCACCAAGCAGGGCAGAGUGCACCAAGCUUGCCCCAAGCAGGGCAGAGUGCACCAAGCAUGCCCCAAGCAGGGCAGAGUGCACCAAGCAUGCCCCAAGCAGGGCAGAGUGCACCAAGCAUACCCCAAGCAGGGCAGAGUGCACCAAGCAUACCCCAAGCAGGGCAGAGUGCACCAAGCAUGCCCCAAGCAGGGCAGAGUGCACCAAGCAGUGCAGAGUGCACCAAGCAUGCACCAAGCAGGGCAGAGUGCACCAAGCUUGCCCCAAGCAGGGCAGAGUGCACCAAGCUUGCCCCAAGCAGUGCAGAGUGCACCAAGCAUGCCCCAAGCAGUGCAGAGUGCACCAAGCAUGCACCAAGCAGGGCAGAGUGCACCAAGCUUGCCCCAAGCAGGGCAGAGUGCACCAAGCAUGCCCCAAGCAGUGCAGAGUGCACCAAGCAUGCACCAAGCAGUGCAGAGUGCACCAAGCAUGCACCAAGCAGGGCAGAGUGCACCAAGCAGUGCAGAGUGCACCAAGCAUGCCCCAAGCAGUGCAGAGUGCACCAAGCAUGCACCAAGCAGUGCAGAGUGCACCAAGCAUGCCCCAAGCAGGGCAGAGUGCACCAAGCAUGCACCAAGCAGUGCAGAGUGCACCAAGCAUGCCCCAAGCAGGGCAGAGUGCACCAAGCAGUGCAGAGUGCACCAAGCAGGGCAGAGUGCACCAAGCAUGCACCAAGCAGUGCAGAGUGCACCAAGCAUGCACCAAGCAGUGCAGAGUGCACCAAGCAUGCACCAAGCAGGGCAGAGUGCACCAAGCAUGCACCAAGCAGGGCAGAGUGCAAAAAGCAUGCACCAAGCAGUGCAGAGUGCACCAAGCAUGCACCAAGCAGUGCAGAGUGCACCAAGCAUGCACCAAGCAGUGCAGAGUGCACCAAGCAUGCCCCAAGCAGUGCAGAGUGCACCAAGCAUGCACCAAGCAGGGCAGAGUGCACCAAGCAUGCACCAAGCAGUGCAGAGUGCACCAAGCAUGCACCAAGCAGUGCAGAGUGCACCAAGCAUGCACCAAGCAGUGCAGAGUGCACCAAGCAUGCACCAAGCAGUGCAGAGUGCACCAAGCAUGCACCAAGCAGGGCAGAGUGCACGAAGCAUGCACCAAGCAGGGCAGAGUGCACCAAGCAUGCACCAAGCAGGGCAGAGUGCACCAAGCAGGGCAGAGUGCACCAAGCAGGGCAGAGUGCACCAAGCAUGCACCAAGCAGGGCAGAGUGCACGAAGCAUGCACCAAGCAGGGCAGAGUGCACCAAGCAUGCACCAAGCAGUGCAGAGUGCACCAAGCAUGCACCAAGCAGUGCAGAGUGCACCAAGCAUGCACCAAGCAGUGCAGAGUGCACCAAGCAUGCACCAAGCAGGGCAGAGUGCACCAAGCAUGCACCAAGCAGUGCACCAAGAAGGCCUAUAUCCCGUAUCACAGGAUGGAAGUGUGGUGUGUUGGGUGCCUGUGGAAUGCUCACAAGACUUGGAUCAUUGUGGCCAUACAGAGGCCGCCGUGUCUCCAGGCAGGAUUUACAUAGGGCGAAUUAAGCAAUUGUUGCUUAGCAACGAGAGACGGAGUACACCAGGUCUGAACUUGCAAAUCGUUGCAAGAGGGCACGCCAGCCAGGCGGAGAGAGAGAGAUGA